CGAGCUGCGCCGUCAGCUGAUGGAGUCAACAUGGCUUCCAUCUUGGCGAGUACAGCACGGGUUAGUCGUCUACCUGUCGUCGUAGUUUUGGGUGCGACUGGGACGGGUAAAUCUAAGUUGGCUUUGGAAAUAGCUGGUAAAUUUAAUGGUGAAAUAAUCAGCGCGGAUUCUAUGCAAGUGUAUCAUGGCCUUGAUAUAGUGACCAAUAAGGUGACACCAGAAGAGCAGGCACAGGUUCCUCACCACCUCUUGGAUUUUUUGGACCCACUGUCUCGCUACAGUGUCACAGAUUUCCGGAAUGACGCCCUCCCUGUGGUGGAGCGACUCCUUUCUCAGAACAAGAUACCAGUCAUUGUUGGAGGCACCAAUUAUUACAUAGAGUCUCUUCUCUGGAAUGUCCUUAUCGACACAAUACCAGUGGAAAAGGAGGGCACGUCCAGCUCAAAGAAGCUCGUUUAUGAUCGGGAUAAAGAGUUUUAUGCAUCAGCUAAGAGAGAUUCGAAAAGUCAUGAUGCUGAUGAAAGUGUGGUGAAAAAGAGCAGGGUCAGUAGUGAAAGUGCAUGUGGUAGUGAAAGUGACAGUGAUGGUUUUAAGGAAAGUGUCAAUGAUAAUAAUAAUGUCAGAGGUGAUGUGGAAAAGGAGGAGGAGGAGGAGGAAACGGGCACAAAAAGUGAUAAUGGUGUACAAGAUAAAGCACAAGUGAUGGAAAAGGAAAAAAAUGUGCAUAAUAGUGAUGGUAGUGAGUUACCAGUUAAAGGUGUAGUGUGGCAAGACACCGACAUUACAACCGAGGAAUUAUAUCGCCGAUUACAGGAAGUUGACCCGGAUAUAGCUUCACGAUACCAUCCAAACGAACGCAGGAAAAUUAUCAGGUACGGGGCGGUAUGGUGCUGGGGCGUGGUGACAGUGUUGCAGGUGUGUGAAGGUAUCAUUGCAGGUGUGGGAACAGACAGGUCGCUGCCACAGUGAACUGCUGGAGGAACAGCAGCAUCAGGAGGGAGGCUCCAAGCUUGGAGGUGGCCUCAGGUUCCCCCACA